UUAGUUCCCAUUUAAAUCAGCCGGAAGUCAAUUUUUUUAUAGGACAGAUGUAACUGAUAAAAUUAUUUAAUCCGAUGGUGCGCUUUAGCCGACGAUCAUUAAGAAGGGUGCUGACUACACGGAUGCUCCACCUCGUACAUUACCAGAGUUUGACAUAAACUAUGGCAAUACCUUGUAUAGAGCUUUAAAUGUUAGGUUAUGUUUAUAUAUCAAUGUCAAAGAUAGAUAUUUACCCGGCAAAACACAGCACAGCAACAAAAAGUAAUUUCUGAAAAUGGAUGCUUACGAGGAUGAAUGGCAAGAUUCUGACUUUGAAGACGACACAAACACAACAGAAACACCAAUUGAAUACAAACCAUCCUAUGUAUUAAUUGCAAUUGAUACAGAUAAGUCUAUGUUUGAAAAUUACCAAGACUCCGAACCCACUCCAUUUAGAGCCACUUUACAUGCGUGUUAUAACAUUAUCGACUCAAUCGCAUUAUCCGGUCAACAGUCAAUAAAAGGCCCAGUUGGUAUUGCCUUAGCCGACAACGAUGCAAAAAAAAGUAACUUUGUAGAAUUCGAAGAGCCCGUUCCAGAUGUAAUAAAAUUAUUGAAAAGUACGAAAGAUCAGUCUGAAGGCGAGCUAGAGUCAAAUUUUGAACGUAAGGGAAAUUUUGAUCUAGCAGAUUUCUUUCUGCUUUGUAAAAACAAGUUGAUGAACGUUAAAACUGAAGCGUACAAGAAAACUGUAAUAUAUGUCACGUGUGAUGACAAUCCUUUAGGAAGUGACCAUAAAAGAAGAUUUAAGGUCAUCAACGAAUCCCAAAAGUUUGCUAGCAUCGAUAUCAAAUUAAUUGUCGUUACAUUUAACCCGAAAUUUGAGGGGAGAAAUUUUUAUUCUGAAGUACUGGAAGCUUCCAAGAGUGAACCGGUUGAAAAAGUGAACUCUUCGAACUUAAAACAAAAGUUGUCUUAUUUAAUUAGGAAGAAGACCAAUCAAAAAAAGGUAAAGUUUUAUCCUUUUAAUGGCGACUUUGAAAGAUACAUGGAAGUGAGCGUUAGCAAGCCAACAGUGUCAAAUAGAGUUAUGAAAAACAUGCACGUGACUCGAGACACUCAAGAAGAAGUUAAGAAAACUGUAAAACAGAGCAACGCCGAUAGUUACGUGUGUAUAUAUAAAAAAGACGGGUCUGGCUUGGUAAUUAGCAAAGGGGAACGUCAAAUCCUGGGUGAAACUAGUGUUCCUGUCGGAUAUACCUUGUUAUGUGUAAACAAGUCGACACUCCAACCCGGUUGGGUGUUAACUCCUCCAUACUUAAUGAAAAAGCAUGCAAAUGAAACGCAAGAAUUAUUCGAAAGCAUUUGGCAGUUCUGUCGAGAUAACGAUAAAUGUUUGGUUUGCUUUCAAAAACUUAAACAAGCCAGCAAUGUCCGUUUCGUCGAACUCAUUCCAAAAUUGAUUAAUAAUGUGCGCCAAUUUAUCGUGAAAAUAUUACCUUUCGCACCAGAAAUCCAUUAUGACAUCGCCAAAGAACGACAGAAUGAUACAACUGAAGUCCAGGAAAAUGCGAUGUCCAAUUUAAUUGAUGCAUUAACAAUUGAUUAUGAUGUGGAUAGUUUCCAAGAUCCAGUGGAGAGUAGAAAAAAGGCUUAUAUUAAAUCGCAACUUUUGGAAGAGAAAUUGGAAGAGAUUGAUGAGGGAGUUAUGCCAGAUAGUAAAAUCGACAAACUUAUAGCUCCAUACAUUGGAACGCUGGCCCUUGACACUGUGCCUAAGAAAAGGGAGAGGAAAACCGAUUACUCCAGAUCUAGAAAGAAGUAAUGUUUUUUAAAUGCUUAUAUAGUAUUACUAUUACAUUCAAAUGUAUCGUUUUUUAAGUUUUUGUGUAAGAUAAAUAAGAUAUUUGUGUAAUAAAAGCUUUCAAAAAUA